AUUGGAGUGAAUGGAGUUGGCGCAACUCUCUCUCUAUACGGCUCUGGCCAAGACGACGUUGUGUUUGGAGCCAAUCAGACGGCGUUCUGUGCGGAACUCAAUAAAUAUUAAUGAACUUUCCUUCGAAAAGAAAAUGUCGUCACCCGUAUUACGUCAAACUGCUUCCACUUUCAUAGGACUGACUAGUAGCCCCCCCACCGCUGGCCACUUGCAUAGUAGUUGUAAUGAUUCUAGCCAAUCCCCUACACAGUGUAUUAUCUAUCAGCCAAUCCAAUUGUAGGAGGUGGGGCACACCAUGUCAAUCUCAGCGUAGGAGCAGCGACCCUACCACCCAGGAGGGCGGGACUUUGCGGAAUACGAGUGGCAAUAAACAUCCAUAACGCUUUUGGUGUUGAAAAAUGUGCCACCUGCAUCGACAGUGUAGAUGAAGGUGCUUCUGUCAUUACGAGUCUUUUCUGUUUGUAAAUGAUUUAUUUAAUCGAGACACCAACAUGAAUCCAUCCAGGAGAAGCGAGAGCGACUGGCAGGGCCUGGUGAAUGAGUUCCUGGUAUGUAAGCGAAAAUUGGAGAGUAAGAAGGAGGCCUUGCUGAUCCUGUCCAAAGAGCUGGACACCUGCCAGCAGGAGCGUGACCAGUUCAAACUGAUGGCCAAUCAGCUAAGAGAGCGCCACCAGGGACUGAAGAAGAAAUACAGAGAACUCAUAGAUGGUGACCUGACUCUUCCACCAGAAAAAAGGAACCAAGUGAAUCUAGCUCAAUUGCUGAGAGAUGCUCAGGAGAAGAACAGGAAGCUGAGUGAUGAGGUGAAAGAGCUCAACCAGAGGUUAGCGGAGGUCCAGGGUGACAACAAGCUGCUCAGAAUGACCAUUGCAAAACAGCGCCUUGGUGAUGAAGAGGUGGGCGUUCGCUAUUUUCCAGCACAUGAGAGAGAGGAUCUGGUCCAUCAGUUGGAGAGAGCACGAGAGCAGAAUGAGGAGCUGGAAAAUAGCCUGAAAGCGGCAGCGGAUGAGCUGCAGGACGUCCGAGCAGAGAGGAACGUGUACCAGGAGAAAGCUCAGCGCCUCAACCUUGAGAUCAACCAUGUCCUGGGCUGCCAUGACAACCGGAUCUUGGAUGUGGAUGCUCUGUGCUUGGAAAACAGAUACCUCCAUGAACGGUUUGUGCAAAUUCAGGAAGAAGUCAACCUUCUCAAAACUAAUUUAAUGAAGUAUAAGAGUGCUUUGGAGAGUAAGAAGAACUGUAGAGUUUAUGGCAAGGCCAACAGUAGUGCUUUAACAGGAGUACUUUCAGCCAAGCAAGUGCAAGAGCUGCUGUUGUCCGAGGAAAAUGGCUGUAGCCUCCCGGUCACUCCACAGUCUAUAAGUGACCUGAAGUCGCUGGCUACUGCUCUGCUUGAGACCAUCCACGAAAAGAACAUGGUCAUUCAGCACCAAAGGCAAACCAACAAGAUUCUAGGUAACAGAGUAGCAGAGCUGGAGGGUAAGCUAAAAACUCUGGAAGAUUCUGGGCUAUGGAGUCUGCCUGGGAUUACCUACAACGUAUCUGUGGGAUUAGGGAGAGGAAAGGAUAUGAUAAUUGAUCAGCAGCCCGUCCAGUCCUCCAUGGAACAUCUAGCACCACUAAGGCAGGCAUCUAUGGGAGACGAGGAGGUUGUGGCCGGAGAGGAGGUGACAGAAGACACAGCUUUAUGUGCAGACCCAGGCCAUUCUGAAUCUUCUAAAAUGUUCCCACACCCAGAGCGUCACAGUGCAGCUUUCUCUAAAAACACAAACGCAGCAGGAUCCAGUUUCCAAACAGAAACAACAUCAAGUACAUGCCCCAGCGAUGACCUAAGCAGUGAGCACGGCUACUCUGCCUGCUUUUACUCAGAGAAGACAAUUUGCGCUAUGGAGAGAGCAUCAGACAAUUACAAGCCGCAUUCACUAGACAACGACCAAGAUCUGGCAACCCAUGGUGAUAGGAACUCAAAAAAUGCUCAAGUUGUUUUUGAAGGUCCAGCAGAGGAAGAUGCUGAAGUCUUGCAUUUUGAGCAGCAUGAUAUUCAGGGUCAGUCAGAGAGCACUAAAAUGAUGGCUUCAGAAUCGCAGGAUGAGGAUGGUGUGGAUUGCACAAUACUGUCUGAGCCCACAGCAGCAGAAUAUAUAGAGAGCACACUCUGUGCAAAGGAAGAAACAGACCAAAACAUAAAUCUUCCAUACACACAGGCUCCAGAUCAGGCAGUGAACCCUGAACUAUAAAAUAAAGGAAUAACAGUGACUGAAAACUAGCGAAGACCGCCUAGCAUAAUCUCAUUUGUAAUCAUGUCUAUGAGCUCCUAGUAGCUUGUGUUCAUUAAUAGCACCUUUUUAAUAUUAGCAUUUUUACCUAAAAAAUCCUUGAAUUCUUGCACGUUGUCCAUUUUCAGAUUAAGAGAAAGUGGGAGAGAAAUUGCAGCUCUCACUGAGCCAGCUGAACUUAAAGAGAGAAAAAAGUGCUGUACCACUUUUCAGAAGUCAUAUUCAUUAGCCUUAGCAUGAAACCAUUAUCACGACAUAGGGAAAACCAUUUUUUUUUGUGCUCUGUGGUUUAUAAUAGUCAACUUUUUUCACCAUUUAUAUCACAUAAGUGGUGCUGGUCAGGGGAGUUUGAGUUUCAGUGAAGUUUAGUAAGAUGUGAGACAUCUUACAAGAACUUUCCAAAUGGGGAAUAAUCGCUGUCCGUUAUUAUACCAGUGUGCUUGGGACAGACUUGUGCAGGCUCUUAUGUGCCAUACCCAAAUAGAUUAAGUUACAAGCGUAAUGCAGCUCAGUGACAAUUUGAAUUUAUAAACAAAUACAUUUCAAUUUACAUCUGAGUAUGUUUUUCUCCAUCACGCUUGUCAGAUAGCAGUUAACAAACCCCUGCACUGGUCUCUAUGAAUUUCGUGUAAGAUGCCACUGCUAAGUCUGUAUUAAUGCAGUCCUUGCAACCACUGAAAUUAGAAAUGGGACACCCUACUGCUGUUGGUCCUCACAAGCAUGCGCAAUUGAGGCCCACAAGACUGCAAGUGUGCCAGUUGAGACAGGGCUUAUGGUGUUGAUAGACAUUAUUAUCCCACAAUGCAAUUAAAAGUGGAAAGGGACGAGCUGCUCACAGCCGGAAAAUUUUGAAAACAUCUGAAUACUGGAUUGAGAGCUAGCUAGCUAAUAAGAACAAACUGGAAUGUAAGAUUAGUAAAUAAAGCAACUGGGACAAAGGAACAGUAUUAUACUGGACCUGUUCUGAUAGCAGCACAACUCUGACAGGUCGAUCAGUCUUUAAAGAUUUAAGUUUGGGCUUAAAAAUCUUAAAAAUCUUUUCAAAUUAAACCAACCAUAGACUUAAGAAAAAAGUCAAAAUUUAAAACAAUGUGCAACUACUUUAGUGUGUAAUGUCAGACCUUUUAAACAUGAUGUUGAAAAGGGGUGUGCAGGCCCUUUAACAAGGCUCAAAUGUUAGGAAGAUUAGUGUUAUGCUGAAUAUCAAACAACCUUAAGAAUAAAUCACUAUGCUAGACAGGCUGAUUGCAGAUAAACAUAAAUUAGGCAUGAAACCAUGAUGAUUCCAGCAAUAAACACAACAGAUUUAAUGAAUGUGUUAAAAAGAGAAAUUUAAAAAAUUAUUACAAUUUGAAAGUCAGACAUAAUGGCUCUUAAACUCAACUCUAUAUUUUCUUUACCUUUUUCAUUUCAAUAAGCUAUGUGUCUUCUGUUCAUGUUUUGCCAUGUGAGUAGUCAAGCACAGCAAGUCUGUUUUUGUUUGUCUUGUUCGAUCAUUUGCCUGAGACUGUGAAUAUAACCGUUGUUUGGUGUUACAAGGUUAUUGUACAACCCCAUUUCCACAAAAGUUGGGAUGCUGUGCAAAAUGUAAAUUAAAAAUAGAAUGCAAUGAUAUGCAAAUAAUGUAAACCCUAUUUUUAAAGGA